UGCGCGCACCGUGUCAGUUUCGAAGUCCCUGGCUUCUACCCUUUGCGCCCAGGCAACUGGAUCGCGCCUCGCGCUAAGGCUUUUCCCUCCUCUGCCCACCGGGCGCCUCCACCAGGCCCUGCGGCGCCCCGCAGCUCCCCGCCCCCCACCAGCCCCGGGGCCCUUCCUGCCUUUCCUCCGCGGUGCUUUGAUCCCGGGGCCUUUCUGUUUGUUUCCUCUUCUUUCCUCUUUGUUGCUCUAAAACCCACCUCGCCGAAGCCCCCCGCUGCGGAGGGAGUUCGACUUGCAGAGGAAGGCGGCUGCCGCGCACCGCAUCCGCCCCUCCUGCGACCCCGCCAGCCGGCGCGCCCACCCCGCCUGCCAGACCCGCCGCCUGCGUUCGUUCGCCCGAGGAAGCCAGCCGAGAGUUCAUUGAUGCACCCAUUCCAGUGGUGUAACGGGUGUUUCUGCGGCCUGGGACUGGUGAGCACCAACAAGUCCUGCUCGAUGCCACCCAUCAGUUUCCAAGACCUUCCCCUCAACAUCUACAUGGUCAUCUUCGGCACAGGCAUCUUCGUCUUCAUGCUCAGCCUCAUCUUCUGCUGCUAUUUUAUCAGCAAACUCCGGAACCAGGCACAGAGCGAACGGUACGGAUAUAAAGAGGUGGUGCUUAAAGGUGAUGCCAAGAAGUUACAGUUAUAUGGGCAGACCUGUGCAGUCUGUCUGGAAGACUUCAAGGGGAAGGAUGAUCUGGGUGUGCUCUCAUGCCAACACGCCUUUCACCGCAAGUGUCUGGUGAAGUGGCUGGAAGUACGCUGUGUGUGCCCCAUGUGUAACAAGCCCAUCGCUGGUCCCUCAGAGGCCACCCAGAGCAUCGGGAUCCUAUUGGAUGAGCUGGUGUGAGUGCUGCCUCCGUACCAAGGCCUGGAGAAGACCUCUAGCCUCGCGGGUGCCUGGUCCUCCCGCGAAGCCGCGGUGAACAAGACUGUCGGGUGGUGAUGGGCAUGCUCACCUGGAGGGACGGGGGUGCAGGGCUGGUCUUCCAGCCUCAGGGUGAGACUAGACUUGCCCACCUCUCUGCUUCCUGAAGCCUGCUUCCCUGCUACUCAGUUCUGAUGGUCUUGCCCAUCAGGACCACUGUAUCCUGGUACUGAACUCUCUGCCUGCCUUGUCCCUGCUCUGGGAAAAGAAAUCCAUUCCUAUUUGGCCAAGAACUUGGAGCACACCCCCUUGAGGGUUCCCCUGAGGAGGACAAGCUGCCCUGACCUAGAAGAAGGGAUGAGAUGGGCUCUGCCCGACCUGUGACCUGCCCGCCCCCCUCCCCACUCCUUCCAGAGGAAGGUUAGAAGGGAAGGAAGGAAAGAUGGAGGAACCAAGUGCCUCCAGUGGAAGUGAGGGAGGCUCUGUAGGAAAUAGGAAAGAGCAGGGAUGAACAGAAGAGAAGUCAAUGUUUACAUGGGACCUAUGGAAACAAAGGCUGGCCGGCCGGCCUGCUGACUACAGGGGGGUGGAGGGCAGCCCCUGCCCCUCCUAGAUCUGAGGUGCUACCUGUUCACUGUUCCUCGGUUGAUCUCAGAGCUUCCUAUUCCCUGUGGGGUUUGAGUAUCCACCGCCCCAGAGGACGGGCUUGGUCUACACCCAAAUGGAUUCCCAGGGGUUUUUUCUAAAGGAGCAAAAAGGGGGGCCUGGGGAUGGGGGUGUCUGGAUAUUAAGGUCACGGUGGACACCCUCUUCCCCUUUGUAAAUAGUAUUUUUAUACUUCAUCCUCACCAUCUCAGGCUUUAUACAUGGAAUCCCCCAAAUGGAAGGGGUAGGGGUUUUCUGUUCCUCCCCCAAGUGGGUGAGGGUGGGGGAAAAAGGUAUGUAUUUAAAGCAGAUUAAAUUUAAUAACAAGUUUCUCUAACCUUUUGCCUGUGGUUGUGGCUUGUGUCCGUUGGCCCUUUUCUGCCAACAGAGGGAACAAAGUUCUCGAGCUGCCUCUUCU